AUUUCAUUCACGCGUUGCCCUGUCAUAAUCCCCGUACAGGUCGAGGGUGUUGACAUCACAGCGGAGGAUAAGUUCUAUGCCAUCGUCGAUGGAGAUACUGCCACAUACGCUAUGGCAGGGGCAAUAUAUCAUGGAGUGCACCAUUUCACUGCAAGGUACACAGACGAACACGAAAAGGUAUGGUACAAUGACGGAAUUAUUCAUGACAGGUCGUGCAUACUAGAGGGGCAAUUAGUAGAU